UCACGUGACGAAGUCAACACAGGAAGUAAUGAUGGCGACCGCCUACGAGAGGUUCAAUUUGCAUGCGACUGUGGAUAAGUUCUACAUUGAAGCCUGUGAUGAUGGCGCCACUGAUGUCCUUGUCAUUGACCGGAUUUCCAUGGAGAUGACCCUCACAGGAACUCAUGACAUCCCUCCAUCUGGCAUCACACGGCCCAUCUGUGGCAUCAUGGGAACAAUCCGGCUGGUUGCUGGCAUGUACCUUAUCGUUAUCACACGAAAGAAGAAGAUGGGCGAACUGGCUGGCCACACCGUUUGGAAGGCAACGGAGUUUGACGUGAUCCCUUACAAGAAGACUAUCCUGCACCUCACUGAGAAUCAGACCCAGGACAACCGGCUGUUCCUCAGCAUGAUUACCAGCGUGCUGAAUACAGAUGGCUUUUACUUCUGCACCGACUAUGACCUCACACACACCCAGCAGAGACUGGCCAACACCAGCCCAGACUUCCAGGAGAUGAGCCUUCUGGAGCGAGCAGAUCAGAGGUUUGUCUGGAAUGGCAACCUGCUCAGAGACAUCAUUGGCCAGCCUGAGCUACACAAGUUUGCCUUCCCCGUCAUCCAUGGCUUUGUGGUGAUGAAGCCCUGCAGCAUCAAUUCCAAGAUCUUUGAGUGGAUCCUCAUCUCCAGACGCAGCUGCUUCAGAGCCGGAGUGCGCUACUAUGUCAGAGGCAUUGACUCUGAGGGGCAUGCCGCAAACUUUGUGGAGACGGAACAGAUUGUGCAGUUCCAAGGGGCGCGUUCCUCCUUUGUCCAGACACGAGGCUCAAUGCCGUUCUUCUGGUCCCAACGGCCCAACCUGAAGUACAAGCCCAAACCCCUGAUCAGCAACAGCACCAAUCACAUGGAUGGCUUCAAGAGGCAUUUUGAGUCUCAAGUGCUUAUCUAUGGAAAGCAGGUCAUACUCAAUCUGGUGAAUCAGAAGGGCUCAGAGAAGCCCCUGGAGGAGGCCUUCGCUAAGAUGGUGGACGGAAUGGACAACGGCCUUAUUAGGUAUGUUGCCUUUGACUUCCAUAAGGAGUGCAGUAAGAUGCGCUGGCAUCGGCUGCAGAUUCUGGUGGAUGAUGUAGCAGAGAAUCAGGAUGAGUAUGCGUACUUCUGGGUGGACUCAGACGGGAAGGUGGUAUCUCAGCAGAGUGGCAUGUUUCGCAGUAACUGCAUGGACUGUCUUGACCGGACCAAUGUCAUCCAGAGUCUUCUGGCCCGACGCUCACUUCAAAACCAGCUUCAGAGGAUGGGAGUCCUCAAUGUUGGCCAGAAGAUUGAUGAGCAGGCAGACUUUGAGAAGAUCUAUAAAAAUGCCUGGGCCGAUAACGCUGACGCGUGUGCUAAGCAGUAUGCAGGCACCGGUGCCCUUAAGACUGACUUCACCAGGACAGGGAAGCGGUCUCAGUGGGGUUUAGUCAUGGAUGGCUGGAACUCCAUGAUCCGCUACUACAAGAACAACUUCUCUGAUGGCUAUAGACAGGAUUCUAUUGACCUGUUCCUGGGCAACUACACUGUGGAUGACACAGAAGGACCAACGCCCUUGCAGGUGCAGAAGGACUGGAAGUUCAUGAUGCUGCCUCUUGUCCUGUUGGUGGCCUUCUCCAUGUGCAUCCUCUGCCUCCUAAUGGCCGGUGACACCUGGACCGAGACGCUGGCGUAUGUGUUGUUUUGGGGCAUGGCCAGUGUGGUCACCACCGCUGUCAUAGUCUUCAAUGGGAAGGACUUUGUGGAUGCCCCCAAGCUGGUCCAGAAGGAGAAGAUGGACUGAAACGACGUGUGUUAGUGUGUCUCUGUGUGUGUGUGCGUGUGUCUGUGUGUGUUUGGGUGUGUGUUCAACGGUUUGACUCUGCAGUUUGUACCUCCUCUCUACUGGACCUGCUGCCUCUCUUUUGAGUGGACCCUACACUUCCCAAUGUCUCCUCUGUCUUUUUCCUAAUUCUGUGUGGACACUACAUCUCUCCUACCCUCUCUGAAGACCCCUGACAGUUUUUUUUCCCAGCCUUCCGCUCCUGUGUGCCCUGUGAGCUUCAGCAGUCCUCCCCUCAUGGCAAUGACUUCCUCGUUGCUUUGUUAAAUCAGAUGACCUGGAGCCUUCUAUGUAGGCUUAGUAAAGAUCAGAACUUUCCCUUCAGAGAUCAGAUGUAGUGGGAGAGAUUCCGACGACUCCAGACUCUCUUCCGAUAGACUCUCGCAUCCUGUGUGUGUGUGUGUGGGGGGGCGCUACUGCUUCUGCUACUGGGGCACUGUUGAGGGCAUUCCAUUCUCAUAAGUUGAGUUUGCACUUUUUUCUGUGGUCAUCAGUCUGAGGAUUAGUAUGAUAGGUGAAAUAGAUUGUGUUUCCUGUGUGGUUCUUACUAUUGAAUGUAAUUAGCCUUACUGAAGCAUUCACUAGAAACGUAUUAACCCUAAUGUUUUAAUAAUGUGAAAUUUGGGUGAAAAGCAAGGCACGCAGAGCUCAUAGCACUGGUCCUGAAAAGCCUAACUCUAGCUGAACUCAUCUGCAAGUCUUUGUUUGAAUAGGGCAUUCAGUUUCUCAGAACACUACAUUACAUGCUUAAGGUAUUUGCUCCAGUAGAGUUGGUAAGGACAAGACUCUUCAGAGAGAUUUGCGAGGAAGUUUGAUCAGAUUUCCAUUACCACUUUACUUGGACCAGUGCAGUGAAGGUUUGGAAAAAACUUUGCAAACUGUUUCAGGGACGUUGGGACACAAAAUCAGAAUGUACUGUAGAUAGCCCCUCAGUGAUGCCUUCCGACCAUUCCUCAUCCAAAAGACCCAAGCUAGAUCAGCCAUUGGGGGAAAAUAACAUGACCGCAGGUUGGUUCUGAUACUUUAUUGUUAAAUGUUACUGUUCUUUGAAACAAUAUCCAGCUCCAGCAGCUUUAACAUGCACACAGCUCGUGAGUGCUCAUGAUUUAAUGUCUCCUGAUGUGGAUAUGUGUUUUGAUGAACUAUUACUUCAGUAUAGUUAAUUAAGUAGGUCAUCUCAAACUGUGCUCUUCAAUUCAGUCCCAUAAAACGUAUCCUUGUCAAUCGAAACUGUAAAUUUUACAUGCAAACUAAUCUGUGUAAUUAUGUAUUGUACUCCUGUAUUUUACCAAAUUGUCCGUAAAGACAUGAGCACUUGAGUUAUUAGUAGCAAUGUGUGACCACAUUACUGUUGAACCAUGUUGAUUUACCUCAUGUUCAUGUACAGUAUUGUACAGUGAAAUGCCUGACGUUUGAAUCAUGCACAUGUAGAUCAUUCCAGAUUUCCUUAAAUUUAAGCAAGCAUGCUCCUCAAUUGCAUUCAUGAAGGCUAUGAUUGAUUAUGAUCGCUAAAGUCGCCCUCUGUCUAAUUGAUCAAGUUACUGUUGACCAAUGAAAAUGUGUCUCUCAUUUUACUUCACGGGCAGUAUUCACUUCCUGUAAUGAAAAAUGUAAGGAAACUUUAAUCUGAUAGUAUUCUGUUUUACUCUCAGACCAUUAAAACAUUUUCCAGACAUCUA